UCGACGAGGCUAUUUGGAGACUCAAGCAAUUGCCUUGCCAGCUUGUAAAUUUCAAAACUGGAUCAAAACAACAGCAACUGGGAUACAUUAAAGUCCGAGUCCAUACCUCUCAUUUUGUCCUCGUCAUUUUUCGAGCGAGCAAAAAGCCUUUUCAUGCUGCGGCGUGGUUCUCGCCCUUCAACAACCUGCCCGCAUUUUGCGCCCAAAGUUGCACCCAUGAUAUACCCUUCUUCCACAUCAGUUCUGUUCCAUUCACAAACUCUUGGGUCCAAGUCGCCAAAAAAUGAAUUUCCCUCUUGAUUUUCAACUCAUGUUCCACAUGCUUGUGUUUGUGCUUCGAAAAUACCUCGAGGCCAUACACACGGCUCAAUUCGUAUCUGAGUUCUAUUUGGAGACUGUAGACGAAUUAUCGCACGCAACCAUUAUUUCUUUGAUUUGGCUUCUCCAUCCAACGGAAGUGGCCCGGGAUUUGAAGGCUCUGCUCUUAAGAAAACGCAAUCUCCAGGGCCUGUCAGAAACUUGUCUGAUCACCAAUUGGGUGUCUUUGAAGGCACUCAAAUUAUUCACGGGCCUCAACUAUGUGCCGAUCCAAGCACAAACUACCGAGACAGCAAUAUACAACUGCAUUUCGGGCUUUGAUUUGAAACAAGUGCUCGAUUGCAUUUCCACUGUUCCUGAGAGGUUGUUUUCCAGCUUCAAAGUCGAUCAGAGAACUGAGGCUGAGGCUGAUCCGCUGGCAGUGUCCGAGGAGACCAAGGGGUUUUUCAUCCAUCUUUGGCCAUUGCCAAGGAAGCCAAAGCCUGUUUUUCAGGAUGAUUCCAAGGCACAAAAAGCCCCUAGCGGUAGGGCAACCUCUGCCCCACCAGCAGAUUCACGAACAAGGCCCAGUUCAAAAGACGACAAAAUCAAUGAAGUGGGAGAAUUGGAAGAUGAUGAUAUUGCAGGAGUACCAGCACCAAAAACUUCUGCGAGUGCAGCUGGACCUCUGAAUAAUGCUACUGACAUGUUGCCCCCGCCCACAUUCCUGGACUUGAAGUCUAUGUGGGGUCGGAAAAGACGACCCCACUUAUGCUAAAUGAUGUACUGAUAUGGUUCGUUACCGGGCUGUGAUGACUUUUGCGAAAGUUGAAAGUAAAAUCAGAAUUUCUCAUGGUUUUUUGUUCAGUAUGUAAAAUGCUUACAGAGUAUUCAGAAUGGUUAGAGCAGUAUGCAGAGUUAAUAGGCUGAAUGAGAAUCUAACGGAGAAUUCUCUGAUUGUAGUGGCUCCAGUCCUGUCGUUUGCCUCCAGGUCUUAUAGUAGUCUCGUAUCACAAAUCAGACACUUGGCUAAAAUACUAGAAGUGCAAGAGAAUUUUUCUUGAGUGGCCUUUGCGAUUGGACGUGAUAAUGCAGAGAAUAUACACAACAAAAGUCAUUUCACGUAUUAUUGGGUCUGGGUAAUA